AUGCUGGCGAAGACUUCGGCGGAUGCCUGGGACAAGCUGGUGGGACGCUUCGAGGGCCAGGGUAAGCAAACCAUUGCUUCUCUUAUCGGCGAACUCUUCCGGGGCACGCUCUCGGAUGAAGAAUCGCUCGAAGCGCAGCUCGACGCAAUGCAGCUCAAGGCGCGCACCCUCGAACGGCUCGGACAGAACCUCGACGACUCGCUCGUCGCAAUUGCCAUGGUUACAUCCCUCCCCCCUUCCUACAACACGCUGCGC